AUGAAAAAAAUUUAUGAAGAUGGUAAUGGUAACUUUUUAGGCCUGCUUGAAAUGAUUGCAGAGUUUGAUCCAGUAAUGCAACACCAUUUUCGACUCAUUCAAGAUAAGAAGAUUCAUUAUCAUUAUCUUAGUCAUAAAAUUCAAAAUGAGUUGAUGGCUAUUUUAGCAUCAAAUGUUAAACAUGCAAUCAUUGAAAAAAUAAAAACAGCUAAAUAUUUUUCUGUCAUUCUUGAUUGUACUCCUGAUGCAAGUCACAAAGAACAAAUGACUUUAAUAUUGAGGUGUGUAGAUGUUUCAAGUACUCCAAUAAAUAUAGAAGAGUACUUUUUAGAGUUUCUGAAUGUGGAAGAUACAUCUGGAUUAGGACUUUUUAAUGAAUUGCAAAAUGUAAUUGAGUCCCUUACACUUAAUAUUGAUGAUGUGAGGGGACAAGGUUAUGAUAAUGGCUCUAAUAUGAAAGGAAAAAAUCUAGGUGUACAAAAAAGAUUACUUGAUAUAAAUCCUAGAGCAUUUUACAUGCCAUGUGGUUCUCAUUGUCUCAACUUAAUAGUUUGUAAUAUGGCCAACUCAUGUGUUAAAGCAAAAUCUUUUUUUGGAGCAUGUCAAUGCAUAUAUACGGUAUUCUCUAAUUCAACAAAGCGAUGGAAUGUGUUAUUUGAUUACAUAGAUGGUUUGACUUUGAAAUCAUUGUCAACUACACGUUGGGAAAGUCACAUUGAAAGUGUCAAAGCAAUAAAAUCUCAAGCUUCCCAAAUUAGAGAAGCUUUAUUUAAAUUAACAGAAAUUAGUGAAGAUGCCAAAUUGAGUAGGGAUGCUCAAAGUUUAGCAUCAGGAGAGCUUUCAAGUUUUGAAUUUAUAUUAAGUUUGGUUAUUUGGCAUGACAUUUUGCAUAAGAUUAACUUAGUUAGUAAAAAGUUACAAUCUGAAGACAUGCGUCUUGAUGCUGCUGUAAGACAAUUAGAAGGACUUGUGUUAUUUUUUGAAAACUAUAGAAUAAAUGGGUUUGUUUUUGCCAUGAUUAAUGCUAAACAAAUUUCCCUUGAUAUGGGAAUUGAGCCUAUAUUUCCAAAAAAACGUCAAGUUUGUAGAAAAAGGCAUUUUGAUGAGGUUUCCAAUAGUGAUAGGGAACAACAAUCAGCUGAAGAAUCAUUUAGAACUGAUUAUUUUCUUGUUAUAGUGGAUAUUGCUCUUGGUGAAUUGAAGAAUAGGUUUGAACAAUUGCAUUGUUUUGAAUCUAUUUUUGGGUUCUUAUUUGAUGCUGCAAAAUUGACUUCGCUUGAUGAUAAUGAAUUAAAAAGUUUUUGUGUGAAUCUUGAAAAUGCUUUAAAACAUGGUGAUGUUUCCAAUGUUGAUGCAAGAGACAUAUUUUCAGAAUUACAAGUGUUGCAAGUGAUGUUACCAAAAGAAGCAUAUGAAACAGAUAAACCAUGGACAUCCAUUAAAAUUCUUGAGUUUGUAAAGAGUGUGGAUAUGUUUCCUAAUGUAAUGGUUGCUUAUAGGAUAUUAUUGACUAUACCUGUGACUGUGGCAUCUGCUGAAAGAAGUUUUUCUAAAUUAAAAUUAUUAAAAUCUUACUUGCGGACCACCAUGACUCAAGAUAGGCUAAAUGGAUUAGCGAUAUUAUGCAUUGAAAAGGAUAUGUUAGAGAACAUUAAAUAUGAUAGCAUAAUUGAUGAUUUUGCAUCUAAAAGUACAUGUGAUGAUGCUUUGCUUCGAUUAAUUGUGGAGGAUGAAAAGAAGAUUGAUCAAAUCAAGAAAUGCUUAUGGAGAUUUGAGAGGAAGCAUGUAGACUCAAAUAUGUAG